CCCCUAGAUAACAAGGGGCGCGAGUCCGUCGAACAUCUGGUUGCUGAUGAAGUUACGUUCGCUGCACCGACCACGUUCCCGGAAGGUCGCACGCCGCUCGAUUAUGCAGACUCCCAUGCAAAAGUUAUGAAGUCGAUUGCGGACUUGCAUAUCAAGAGUUUCGAUGUGCUCUUUGCGAAGGACGGACAUGUCCUGCUGCGCUACGCGGCGACAGGUUCGCACUGUGGUCAACCUCACAAUGGCGAUCAGCCGACUGGCCGGACUGCACAUUGGACCGCGGCGGCAAUCUUCGAGGUGCGAGACGGCAAGAUCAAGAGCUUCAUCAAAGAGUGGGACAAAUUGAACAUGUGGCGGCAACUGGGUUGGAUGAAGGGCGACGAGUACGCAUGA